UAAAUGAACCCACGGUCCCGUCCCCUUUUUAUUCUUCUAGUUACGUCAAAGAUUUUAGAAGGAACUAUGCUUGGUUAUACUGGUUUCCUUCCGUUUCAAUCGAAUUCCGUCUUUUUAAAAAUAACCGGCCUCGAACGGGUUCGAACCCACGACCCCUCUGAUGGCCUCAAAGUCUUUCCAUUUUUUCUUCCGCUUAUGUCUCCCAGAUUUUAAAAGGAAGGACCCAUGCCUGGUCACAGAAACACUAAUUACUCCCUUGCUCACGUGCAAACACUUAAACAAUUAUGA